GCGGAGCCGAAUCAGAUAAGAUGCCUUUCACGGUGUCGCGUUUCUUUGCCGCCGCUUCUUUGAUUCGUGCCCGGCCGCGAGCAUUACGAAAAAUGGACAAACUCGAGCGGAAGUUUGUGUUCAAGCUGGACCUGUUCAUCAUGGUCUAUUGCUGUCUCUGUUACUUUUUCAACUACCUCGAUCGAGCGGCUUUUCCCAAUGCAUAUGUGUCUGGCAUGAAAGAAGAUCUCAACCUGGAGAAGAACCAGUACAGCAUUCUGCUCUCCAUGUUUACGGCAGGAUCUGUUGUCGCCCAGAUUCCUCAUAGCUUGAUCAUCCAAAAGGUCCCGAUGCGGAUAUGGCUGCCACUGAAUCUGGUCCUUUGGUCGGGCAUUACGAUGUGUUCGGCAGCAUGCAAGACAUACUCGCAACUGUGCGCCGUUCGGUUCCUUCAAGGCGCAAGUGAAGCCGUGGUGUACAGCGGCUCGAUGUAUGUUAUGGGCUCAUGGUACAAACCUUCCGAGAUCGCCAAACGCGCGGCCAUCUUCACGGCCGUUGGACAGAUCGGUAGUAUGUUUGCUGGAAUCAUGAUGACUGCUAUGAACAAGUCUCUUCACUCGAACGCUGGUCUGAAAGGAUGGCAAUGGGUAUUCAUCAUCAAUGGUUUGAUGGCCAUGCCGGUCGCUGUUUUCGGAUUCCUUUUCUUUCCCGACUUACCUGAGACAACGACGGUAACAUACUUCUCCGACGACGAAAUUAAAUUCGCCAUUGGACGACUGCCACCGAAGAAGAAAGAUACGCACAAGAUCGAGUGGCGUUCCCUCCUCGGCCGAGUCCUCAAACAACCUCACAUCUACCUUCUCGUCGGCUUGUCAAUCUUCGCAUCCAUGCUCGAAGCGUUCGCUUUCCAAGGCCUCUACCUCCUCUGGCUGAAAUACAACAAGUCACGCUUCAACCAGACCGCAAUCAACAGCUAUCCCCUUGGCAUACAAGGCGUGGCCAUCGUCUCGCAGAUCCUCGCCGGCUGGUUUAUCGACUCCACGAACAAACGCAUCCCCAUCGUAAUACUCUCUGCUGCCCUGCAAUUCGUCGUUGCCGUCAUCCUCCUCCAACGCAACAUGUCUGACGCCGGUGUCAUGACCGCCUUCUACCUUAGCGGCACGUCCUAUAUGGUCAAUCCGACUAUGUACGGCUGGGCAAGCACCAUCUGCCAGCGCGCUGGCGAUGAUGCCGUUCGCUCCGUCAUCCUCUACGCCAUGUCCAUGGGUGGACUCCUGCUGUAUACCUUCUGGGGUAUCGUAAUGUACCCGGCCACCGACGUGCCAUACUGGCAAAAGGGCUCCAUCGCGAUGAUUAUUGCCUGUGCCUUCUUCGUCGCGAGUGGCUUCUCUGUUCAAUGGGUAUGUGACUCGCCUUCCAUUUCUUCUGCAUCCGCGCAUGCUGACCGAAGUCUAGCUCGACACAAAAACAAAGGUCGCCGCUGCGAUUUCGUUGGAUGA